AUGUAAUGUCUUAUAGGCUCAGUCAGGAAGUUCUGGUAUGAUUUGAGAUGAUGGUUUUAGAUACGAAUGGAUCAUUAUCUUAUUCCUCACUUCUCAUGAAUUAUGCUCAAUAUUUAUAUUCCAGUUUUAAAGAUGCUUUUUGCUGGGCUUUUUCAUUUAAAGAACCAUUAAAAGCACCUAGACCACAUCAUCUCAAUGAAGUGGUCUAGGUGCAGUGGCCCUUUCGUUUUAACCUUGCUGUCUAGUACAUAUGGCAAUGUUAUGAUUGCAGGGUUUACACAACUCUAGUGUCUAUUAAUGGCAGCCACUAGGGCACUUAGGCUUUUUUCAGCCGAGUGAAACUCUGUCAUGUGAUCAAAUGACUGUGCUAGAGGCAGUCUGAUUGGUUUGGUACUGCAUUUUGUCUCACAUGCGGCAAACAUUGGAUUGACGGAGAUCAUAAAUCAUGAUCUCAGCAAAGCAGGUGGAGUGGCCGGGCAGAGACAAACUCUCAUAAGUAUAUAGGUAUAUGUCAACCAUAGCCUUAGGAAUACAUGAACUAUUCCAUUUAAUGUAAUUUUUGCUAUGUCUUAAACAUCAUUUAAAAUUUUUUUUUUUUUUUUUUUUUUUAUAAAUUCAUUUAUAUUAUAUUGUAAAUUGUACAUUCAAUGUUUAACUAUCCAGCUGUUGUCAAGCUGCAACUAUCCUGGCUUUAUGCAAGUCUUAAUCCGUGAUGGCUGAGAACCAUUUUACCAGUUGAGGAAAACAAAAAAAUCAAAUAAGUGGCACCAACAAUAAUGAACAUGGGUGCAGAUUCCUAGGCUCCUUCAGAUCCUUAAAGGAAUACUCCAAGUGCCAAAAUAACAACAUUUUAAUAUAGUGAUUUUGGUGCGAGGACGCUUUCCCUGCAGUCUGGCAAAUCUUAACAUUGCUGUUUCUUAGAAAAGGCAAUUUCUAGCGUUGCCAGUUGGAAUGCCUCUAGUGGCUGUUGGAUAGGAUCUUUCUAGCUUUCAGUAAUUAAAAGGACACUAUAGACUAAAGUGGUCUGGGUCCCUUAACCCUGCAAUAACUUUUGCAGUUAUUGAGAAAUGGCAAUAAUUGCUAUCCAGGGUGAACUCCACCUGUAGUGGCUGUCUACCAGACAGCCGUUCAAGGGACUUCCGGGUUGUUGGGCAACCUUUGGUGGCCUAACUGACGCUGGACGUCCUCACGCUAUACUUUCCUAUGGGGGAAUACCUAAAUUGGAAAAGAUUUUUUUAGUAAGGCACUUAGUUAAGGUAUAAGCAGACUUAUAGCCUUCCAUGGCCGGUGUGUGGAUUUUUAGUAUGCUGGUGCAGGAGGUCGGGGUCAUGCGCGGUGCAAUCAGAGGUCAGCUGUUUUAGCGCAAUGGUACUGCUUGUGGACUCUGUGCUGUGGGGGAGGGGGAACCUGGUUACUCUAACUUAGAGCUACAGCUGAGGCCUACGGAGUCAACAACAGAACAACAUUGUAUACAAUCACGAUCAGCAGUAAAGAAAAGUUAAAAAAAAAAAAUUUAACAUUUUUAAGGUGCAAGGUAGUUUUAGCCCCAGAGUUCAGGGUGGCAGUUCAGCCGCCGUGGGGGCUCCCCUUCUGGGCACAAACUGGGUAAUGUCUGCUACAUUCUAGGCUGAAUGGUCUGCUGACGGCAUCUUUACCCCUGGCAGGCCGAGAUAUUGCAGGAAGAUGAGUGCUUCAGCAAAUUGUGAUAUGGCGUGCGUCUUGCCUCCUUUGUUGGCAAGUAGUCGGCGGGGGCCCCAUUUGUAGGCGAUAGAAGCUGGGUAACUGGCUUGAGAGCUCUCCGCCAUGACAAAGUAUGCUUGGAGAAGUCCCGAAAAAAUGGUAGCUGUUCCCCCUCAAAGGAAACUGUGGGAGUGCCCCUGACUGCCCCCAUAAUAACUCCAUGGUCAGAGUCCCGCACCAGUUUCAGUAGGACAUCCCUGGGUACUUCUUGGGCUGCAUUGAGUCAGAAGCAAGAAUCCAUCACCAGCUGUUUGGGCAUGAGGAGAGUGGCAAGGAGCCUCCUGCAGUAAUGAGGGAGUUCUGCUCCUGAGACCUUUUCCGGGACUCCCCUUAUCUUCAAGUUUACAACACAGAGGAAACUGACUGACAGACACACUCGUAGACAGACAUACUCUCACAGAUUUGACACAUGCACGUUCUCUCACAAACAAAUUAUUAUAAUUAACUUGCUUUAUUUAAGUCCACCAUCAUGCGCUGUUUAGUGAUGCGAGUGACAUCAUAAGCGGCACCGCAGAGCGUGUGAUGAAGCAGUGCUGGAAGAUUAUGAAGAUUACAGAUGCCUCCAUCUCUAUUCUCCCCCACGGACACUGUAUUUGGGCAUAGUAGGCACCUGCCGUCCAGCUAAGCAGGUGUCUACUCUGCCUUAAAGCACAGCCGGCCACCUCCGGGGUGCACUAAGGUGGCCAGCCGGUAUCCGAACCACCGGCUGAGAAACAAGCCUGUAUAGUACUCUGUAUAGUAAGAAGACAAAUGAUUGGCAAGCUCAGGUAAUCCUGUAACCAGUGUAGAAUGUAAGAGCGUUGACCCCCAGACACUGUGACUUGGAUAAACUGUACCUAUAUUGGAAUGAGGAAUAAAUGGGCCAUUGGAUGUCUGGCAGAGGGGGAUUCAAAAUUUCUGUCUGCACUACCUCCAAGAAGGAAAAAGCUGAAGAAAACCUUUUUUAUAGGAAUUUUUAAUAAAUGUCACAGAGCCUGUCUUAGUUUGUGUAAAUACAUACAAACCAUUAUAUUGUAAAUGCUUUCACUGAGCCAAAUGUCUAGCAGGUGGCUGGAGAUAUGAAGGCUUUGGAUCCAGCCCAAAAAUCUUUGAAUGUCUGUCUCUGAUUCGAUACGAUUUUUCCCAGCUAUAUAUAAACCAGACCGUGACCUGAGACUCUGCAAACUGCAUCUCCCAUGAUACUCGGGGAGUCUGUCAAAACGAGAAAUACAUUUUCUCUCUAGUGUAGAUCCCCCAGUGCACUGUAUUGAAGUGGUUAUAGUGUCUGGCAUCCUAUGGCGCUGUUCUUCCAUUCAGCGUUAAACCAUUUUGAAUGUUUUAAUGGUUAAAAAUGGUGGAGGGGCAAUUCCAGGGGAUUCUAUUUAAUAUAACCAGGUUAAUGAGAUGAGUGCCCCUUUAAGGUUGUAAAAGCAUCAUGGGAUUUGUAGUGCUGCAAUGAUUCUCCAAUUGUGAGUUCAUAAUUGUUGUUAAAAAGUCACUAUGUAACCAGCACUGCAUGAGAAAUGUAAACUAUUCUGAAUAACGCAUUUGUUUUCUCUGGUUAAGUUCAGCUUAUAUAAACAAUUGAAUGUCAACACAAAAUAGAGCACUUGACAGACCGGGCUUUGUAAAGAGAGGCCGUCCAUAGUUAAAUUUUUUUUACUAUAUUUAUUUUUUAAUAUUGUUUAUUUUAGACCUUUUCCAAGUAGGAAACAUACACACGUCAUGAUCAUAGUACAUUUGACAUACACAUUCCCAUCAUAUCUCACAACGUUUGCAUAGUGUGGGGGCAGAGUUGAGGUUUAUAUGCGUGUUGUAAUACUAAAAUACUUAACCAAAAUUUGACUCUUUUCUUUCCCCAGGUCUUCUAACGUUUGUAAAUUGCUCCUAUGUGAAAUGGGGAACACGGGUCCAAGAUCUCUUUACUUAUGCCAAAGUUAUUGCACUAAUCGCCAUUAUUAUUACGGGCAUUGUUAAACUAUGCCAAGGUGAGUUUUUUUGGCAUUAUCAUUAUUUUUAAUUAUAAUUUUAACUGUACUGUUGUCUUUACAUGUGCUACUGAAACAAGCGCUUUGGUAAUGUUAAGGGACCGUACUAAACUUUUCACAAGAUUAAUAUGAUGAAUGGAAAUUAAGUUAAAUAAAAAAAAUCUGAAAAUUAUGACUUGAGUAAUUUCGUAUAAUUUUUAUACUCCUGCUAAGGGAAUGUAGUUGUAGUGGACAAUACUUUUUUCUUAGAUUGGGCAUAUAUUAAAUUUUUCAGACAUGCAAACAGAUAUGUGAUAUGGCAAUUUAAAAUGAAGAAUGAAAAUAUAUAUAUAUAUUUUUUUUUUUUUAAGUACUUUUCUGUAUGAUAGCUGCAGCUGAAAUCACCUUUUCCUCUAAUAUUUUAUGCAUUCUAUGGAUCUUUUUUCCCCAGGGCAUACGCAGAAUUUCGAAGACUCCUUUGCCGGUUCCUCUUGGGAUGCUGGGGACAUUUCUCUAGCCCUGUACUCUGCACUUUUCUCAUACUCCGGCUGGGACACUCUUAAUUUUGUUACAGAAGAAAUCAAAAACCCUGAAAGGUAAUUGGUGGCCACGUGCAGCUGUGAAUGUGUCCCCUGAGGUUUUGGGCAAAGCACAGCUGCGUGAAAAUCACAACAGUCAUAACAAACCGAGAAAGAUCCAUCACUGGGAAUAAAGAGGUUUUUGCCAGAAGGAGUUUCUGAUAUUAACUCAUUGUAGCAGUGUGUCAGGGAAAUCAAGGAGAUCUUUCUCUCCAGGCUGGGUUCUUCAAAUUAAUGUGAAAAUAUUUCUGGUGAAUAUAUGCUUCUAACAGUACAUUUAGAUUGCAUGCAAAAUCUAUGGAAUUGUCGUACAGAUAAACAUGAUUAUGAUGAUGACAAUAACAUGGGGAUCAGGAAAGAGGUGAGAUUUUGGUUUGAAUUGUCAACUCCAGCAAUUCCCAAUUGCUUUAGUGCAUUUUCUUGAUGCAAAAUCAAAACUUCUUUUCCAAUAUCCUCCUUUUGUAGAAAAUCCCUGUGUCCAGAAAGUGACCAGUCUCAGCAAGUCACUUGUCUGCCAUUGCUUUCAGUGUGUGAAUUACUGAGAGUUUGAAUUUGUAUGAUGAAGGUGGGGGAGGCGGGAGGGACACUUGGCCAAGUGGAUUGAAGCUGCCACUGUCGGUCUCCCAUUAAUGUGUGUUUUUUUUUAUUUUAAAACAAACCAGAUGCUUCAUUCCCUUGCCUACGAGAAAAAAACUUUUUACUGGAAAGCUACAGAUGGCAUCUUUCACAGGUCUGCCACACUCAGUAAUGCACUUGCAGCUGUCGUACAGGCUGUUGGAGAUGUUCUCUUCAUGCAUUAAAACUCUCUGCAUUGACAGAAACAUUGCUCCAACUCUUGAGGAUUCAGAGAACUUGUUGCUGCAGUGGAUGAUGGCAGACUGGCAAAGCAGAGACUGUGGAAGAUGGCAUUGUCACCCUAAAGGGGAACUGUUAGCUAUGUAAUCAUCCAACUUGUGUCCUGGUUCUAUCCCUGGUUUAAUGUCAACCAUUUCAGAAGGACACUAAACAUGGACGCUUUUGAUAGGCCUUCUUCUCGGCCACAUUGAUCUGGAAUUUCCAUAUCUACAUUAUCAAGUCAUGCUUUAUCCAACGUGACAUUGAUCAACCAAUUCCCCCUCCCUUCCCCAUCUUCUCAGCAGUUCAUUGUCGUCAAGGCUCUAAAUAAACGGUUUAUAAUGCAGAAGACAAUUCCUCGUUUUCUGUGUAGCGGAGGAGGGGACGUUCUCUAGGUGCUAUGAAGAACCCCGGUUCGUGUCAAACCAUUUCCAAGCGGUUUAACCGUAAACCGGGGGACAGCAAGCACCUGGACACUACAUCAAAACUAUGGUGGCUAUAUUGUGAAAUCUCCCUUUAGCACUGAUAUCCUAGUGUUUCGGAUCUACGUUUCAUAGAGUUGUAAAAAAAAAAUGGAGACUACUAAAUCCACAAUCCUUCCUAAUGACAACUGCUCGCUUUAUAUAAUCCCAAACUCGUCUCACAUUUCAUAGUCUAGUAAAUCAGCUGGAGCUGUUAACAAACCUAUUAUUGACUUUAAAUGUCUUAUUGCUAUUCCUGAGGUGAUUUUCCUUUCAGUAUUUUAGCACAUCUUACAUUUUCCUCUUCCCUUUGCCUCUUUCUGUUUAGUCAUCACUUCCUGUUUUUCAUUUUCUCAUGCUCUAAACCCACUUAUCUAUCGGUCUUAAAUAAUUGUGGGACUCGAGAGUGACACUUUCUCUUUGUCUUCGGAACUGCUGUUAAGGGGAAGUGUAGUAAUUAUGUUUUUGGAAGCUUUAACAUGAAAACACUAUCUGAUGUGCUGUUGUGAAAAAAACACAUGGUACUUGUUUUGUCUCGUAGUGUUCUAAUAUCGAAAAGUGAGAUUUAUGACCGGGAGAAUUUAUUAGGGAAACGUACGAUCCUUUCACUGUGGCUCCUGGCCUGAGGAACAUUUAUGUGUUCUAUGUUGACUUGUAAAUUAAGGUCCACAGGGUAUCAAGAAGACACUUUCCAGAAUCUGUUUCGAAACACGUUUAAAUUCAAUUCACGACGACCAUGCCCCUUACAUCCGAAGGGCGAACAAGCAUUUUUAGACACCUCUCUCAAUUCUCACAUAUUUUUACUUACAGGAUUUAUACUGAAACCGCUCUGGACGUGUCUACCAUUGUAAACUAGUUUUUGGAGUUGGGAUGAUGGUUUGGGGCUAACUCCCUGCAAUCAAACACUGAGCUGGUUUUGGUCAUCGUUCAAAUAAUUGGUUGAAGAACAGAUCAGCAUAUAUAGUUUACAUGUGGGUGUUUGGUGAUUUUGUAGAGGAGAAACUCAUUAGCACUCUGGAUUUUAAAAACCCUCUGGAGAAUUUACAGGGAUGAAUUAUUAAGUGGGCUUUGGCCAGGGUAAUGGUUGUAUGAAGGCGAUUGGAGUAAUUUUAUUAGGUAGAAUUCUCGUAGGAAUAGAACAGUUCAUACAGUGGACAUCUAUGCUAUUUUCUUUUUUCCUCUGGUCAUGGGGAAUGUUCUGAGACUCUGAUGUUUUAAGAUGGUCCAUGUUGGAUUAUUUGAUUUAUUCUCUGUGUGUUUUGGUUUCAGGAACUUGCCUCUAUCCAUUGCGAUUUCUAUGCCAAUUGUGACCAUCAUAUAUAUCUUGACCAAUGUGGCUUACUACACUCUGCUGGACUUCAAUGCUAUUGUUAGCAGUGAUGCAGUGGCUGUGGUAAGUACGUCAGAUACUGCACCAACAUGUCCUAGGGUACAAUGUUCUAAUAUGCUUUUUAUAGGUUUCUUUUACUAUGUUCAUUAAUCUAGUCAACUAGUCGGUCAUGGGUCGGGUCCUGGUGUUAUGCACCUUUUCCUAAUUCUCUCUGGCAAAGAAACUUACUAUUUUUUUUAAAAAAAAAUUUUGUGCCAUUUGCUCAUUCCCAUUAUUGGCUAUAUAGAACUAGAAUAUUGAAAUUUUGGGCAGUUUGUAUUGGAGUAAAGAAUUUGAUAGCAUGUUUCCGAUACUUUUGCUGUGUUUUAGAUUAUCUUUAUAUUAAAAAUACAUUAAGCUGAAUCUGGUCCUCAAUAUUUGCAUCAUAAUUCAUGUAAGCAGCCAUGUGCGCCACUUUAAACUAAAGAAGUGUGUAUUUUUAUAAUUCUCCAAAGACCAGCCACUACACAAACAUCUUUAAGAAGUAGAUUUUAAAAUGUGGUUUUGGGUCAGGAAAUUCUCAGUGAUGAAGGCAAAAAGUAUACUUAAUCAUUUUACAGGCAUCAAAAUUAAUAAGCCCAUUAAAAAAAUAGACAAAUUAAUGCAUUAUGAUUGUGAACAUUUUAUCCUGUAAUUAAAAGCUCGAAAGGAACGUGAGCCUCUUUCUAGACCUUGUUGAAGAGAAGAUCAAAGUUAUGUAUUUAGUUUUUCUUCAUUUACUGGAACAUUAUAAUCAAUUCUGGUUUCUAUUAUUUAUAUUUGGGUUUUUGGGUUUUCAUCUGUCUUGCUUUUUCAUUUUCACUGUUGUGCACCAUUUAAUUUUGUUUCCACCCGAAUGUUUAUAUGCAAACCCUUUUUCAUUUUCUGUUGGAUUUUAAAUGCCAUGUUUGCUGAUAUCUCCACCAUUCUUCCUUCUCCAGACGUUUGCAGAUACGGUUUAUGGAAUAUUUAGCUGGACAAUCCCGCUGGCUGUGGCUCUGUCCUGUUUCGGUGGCCUCAACUCCUCCAUCCUUGCUGCUUCAAGGUAUAACCCCACAAUAAAAAGACCGGUACCUGUGGUUAGGAACUGUUCAUUUGUUGGAGUCCAAACUCGACAAAUUGUUGCUGGAAUGUCUUAAAGAUUACAAGAAACCAGUUUAUUAAAAUUAAACUGGUGUCAGUAAAUGGUGUCUUAUAGACUGCCACAUUCUUCCAAUUCUUUACAUUUUGCAGUUUUGUUUGUAGAUGUCACAAUUUGCCGCAAGGCCUAGGGUUAUUGAAUUCCAAGAAUCAAUUCAACUAGUGAGUCAUUCUGCCCACAAGCAUAAGUAAUUAUUACUUGGUAUUACUGGGUUCAGUGCUGAACCCAUACUGAUCUACAUCUGUGCUGAAUAGCGUGGCUGUCUGGGUGAUAUGGGAUGGACAGAUAAGAUUUUCCGGGGCAAAUCGUGCCAUUUAAAGUCAUUGUAAUGGCUAAAACAAACAAACCAUGUGUUUUCAUAAGCCAAAAAUUAAUGUAGGAAGUACUUCAUCCACAGGUAGUCACUCAAUCGGGAUGUCUACAACAAGUUUUAAUUCACUUGUACCAUUACAAAGCUAACUUUUCAUAUUGGCAUAUCUGAUUGGUUGGAGCAACAUGAGUGGUCCAUAAUUAAAAAAACAACACCGUAAUUACAGUUCGUUUUGGUCUUUCAUUGGGCUCUGUCAUGAAAUAUGGCGAGUACCCCUAUAAGCACAUAGAGCAUCGGUACUUGUUUAUCUGUAUUUUACUGUCAUUAAGGAGAUAAAGCAUUAAUGUAAAGCCGAUGCUUCUACCUUUUCUAUUUUUAUUUAUAAUGAGCUGCCUAUACAUUACAUUAGAAUUUCAUUACAAGUCAUGUGCACUCAGAAUAUACAUACUACAAAGCAGGAACUACUUGGCAAAAAUAGACUAUUCCCAGACGCUUGAUUUUGUCAUUUACAAACAUGUUUUACUCUCAAACACUAAAGGGGAAAAAGUAUCUUCAUGCUCAAAUUCCAGUAUUUAUGGUCUCCUGGGGGAUCAUAGAGGGUUUAUUUUUUAAAUUGCUAUACAGGAUGUUCAGACACACCUUUUUAACCCUUUAGGAUCCCUGGUUCCUGAGAUUUACCAAACCCUCAGUCACAUUAAAGCAUGUCAUUUUACUGAGAAUUAUCUAAUAAGUGGCUAAUUAACGAUGACCAUAUGUAUAGCAUGUUCUCUCAUAAGCAGAUUAGAAUCUGUAAUAUGGGGCCUGUGAGUCAAAUGCUUUUAUUCUCUGGCUUCAUUUGCUAUUUAUAUACAUUCAGCCUGCAUUUUCUGUAAAUGCAGUUGAUUCGUGUGAUGCUCAGAUCACACGUGAAAUGGGUGAAAAAGUCCAAUAUUGCUUAUGCAUUGUUUACCUUUUUUAUUUUUUACAAAUAUUGACUUGUUACAGAUAUAUUGAGGAAAAUACAAUAUUAGUUAGUAGAUGGCAUCCCAGAUAUGGCCAUUUGCUAUCAUAAGUCUUUUUACACACUCAUUCACACCUCUCAGACUAGUGCACUCAACUCUCCAAUGCUCCCACAAUGAGCCAUGUUUCCGAUUUUUGUCUUGCGUGUCCUGUCUCUAUCCGUCUUUACUCUUGCUUCCUGUAUGAUUUCAAACUUGGCUUUAAAUUCUUUUUCUCCUGUACGUGUAAACACUACUUGGUAGUUGCAAAACAUUUGAACUUGUAAAUAACCUUAAACUGUCCUCCGAUCUCCAUUUCCACAUCUUGCGUAUAUUAUAACACAUCCUUUUUGCCCUUUUAAAUGGUGCCUAAUUUCCUAAACUAUUGAAACAGCUGGUUGUAAGAAGCAUGUCAACCAGGUGGUUUAUAGCACUCCCUGCGGCACUGUCCUCCUGUUGGACUCCCUGCUAAACAUUUUUGCUGUGAAAGCAUAGGUCAUAUAAUCUGUAGAAGCAAUGCAUGCAGUUUAUAUGCACAUGGCAAGCUAUCUUCCCCUUUGGAUACUUUGCUCUUUAACACGGCCAUUAAGCAGCAUGCUCUUAAAUGUAUCUGUAGUGAAUUGCUGACAUUGUUUAGCCACUGUAGCCACAGCACAUCUUUAUCUGUAUAGCUCAGUUCAUGAAGACCAGAACUUAACUUGGGCGCCAGUUCCAUUGACGUUUUUCUUCUGAUGAAUGAACGCAAUGACUGCCAAGUGCUUGAAUUCUGUAUCCCAUUAACCCCUGCUGAGCAUGGCUCAGUACUUACAUUAAAACUAGGAUGGCUUACGAGAUGUCUGGGUUGAGCUUACGUUUUACAGUUACAAGAUUUUCUACUAACACAGGAUACGCAGCUUUCAAAGUCCAAUAUUUUGGAAGUUUUAAUGCAAGAUGGGGUCAGGCACGUGUUUUUGGGGUGACCUCCCCACACUAUUUACAGCAAUGGUGAUAUUGUGUAUGAAUUGGAAAGGGCAGUUUCUAAUAGAAAAGUGGGUGUACCAGCCUGAAUAGCUGGCACGCCGGCCAGAUCCACUUAGUCUACUUGUAGAGUGCUGUUGUAUGUUUUUGUGAAUGUGCAAAUGUGAUGGCUAACCUGGACACCAUAAAUUUGUUUCUGGACUACAUUUCCCAUGAUGCUCAGCUAGCUUUUAGUCUAAAAGCUAGCUGAGCAUCAUGGGAAAUGUACGUGCUUAUUGGGAAUGCAAGAGUCUAAAUCUUGAGACGGGAGUCCCGUAUAGGGACUGUUGUGCCAAAUCUGGAAUUGUUGGGAGCUAUACUUUGUCUCUAUUAUAAUCUGCACCCGGGAUAGGCACGUUCGUCAAUCCAGAUGUUGUGCACUAAAACUCGCAUAAUGCUGGCAAAGCAUUAGGGGGGAUAUAGUCCCCAACAUUUGGAAUGCCAGGGGUUAACCUACUCCUGCUCAUUAUAUAUUGCAUUAAGAAUGAUGAACAACUCUAGCCAGGAAUGUCCUUUAACAACUUGAAUUGUUUUUUUUUUUUUCUCUGUUUGAACUCUCACUUGCAAUGUUUCUUCAUCUCUGUGGUGACUUUUUACAAACAAACCAUUGUGCUGUUGGUCAUGCUUUGCAAUCCUGCUAUUAUAAACCACUAGAGGCACAAACUGUCAUUCAGGAGAUGAUCAACUGAUCGGAAACCGGGAAUCACAACGUAAUUUUGGAAAAUCAUUGUCAAAAAUGUGAUUGCUCUUACAGCAGACUUUCAAAUAACCCCCAAAACAUUAUGGCCGCAAUUGGUAUUUUUAAUGACUGUCAGAAUGUGGGCAGUCUAUGCAAUGAUGAGUUAAUUUACACAUCUCCCAGGUUUUGGACUUGCUCUAAUCUAUAGAAUAGGAAACCAGGUGACCGAUCUGUUUGUUACAAAAAUGGUGACCUUCCGUUUGAUCAGUUUUCAAAGUAUAGCUGGAGGCCAUUUUGUUGAUUACACACUGUCCUUGUAAAAUUUAUAAUUGUCCUCUCUUAGCAAAUAUCGUUACCACACACACUUCAGUUUGCUUUGCAUUUAAAGGGACAUAUACAUGUCCCUAUAUAAUUUUUUACAUUUUUUUUAAUUGUCCUAGUUAAAAUUCACGGACCUAACCUAACAUGUUACAAUUUCAUCUUUUAUUGCGUUCUGAUCUGGGCUCAGCCUUUCGAAAGUAACUGUGAUCUGUAUCCUAGAACUUUCUACAGCUUUCUAUAAUCUUGCUGAAUAUGGUGGUAAAAGAGGGGUACACAAGGCUUUAGAAAAAUAAAUAAUGCAACAUUUAAAAUGUUCAGUGAGCAGACAAUAGACCUCUAUUCAUGAAAAUAAGUGUUUAAUACACUUGUAGGCAACAGGUCAUUUAACUAUGGCUACCAGCUGACAAAGAAUUAAGGAAUUGUACUACUUAAACAGCUGAAGGUCAGUCCCUAGGCUACUGCUGGUCACUUUCCCCAAAUCCUCCUUAAUGAUGGUGGGCUUCAUGCACAAUCUAUGAUUGUUAUGCUGCAUCAAGGAACUUUUAGAUUAAUUCCCCUAUCAGUAAUAAAUGUAUUCCACAUAACCAACAUUAAAUAAAAAGUACAAGAAAUAUUGUGAAGUUUAAUGUAAUUUAGGCAACUGUGAAAUUUCAAGAUCAGGUUUGCCAUCAUUAGGGCAGAAUUGUGUAUAUAGAAUGUUCAGCAUGUGAGUGAUCUGAUGAAACCCACUUUGCAUUUAUGUGUUUGUUUUUUUUUUUUUUUUAUAUAUUUUUUAAAAAAUGUUAUUUUCUUUGUUACGGACUUUCCAAGUUCUGUGCUGUGAUAUAAUGUAAAGAAGUCUGUUUUGAAGAACUCUUUUGAGCUGCUCACUUCUGUUUUUUUGUUUGUGUUUUUUUUUUUUUUGUAACAUGUCAAAAGAUUAUUCUUUGUCGGAGCAAGAGAAGGACAUUUACCUGACAUGCUGUCUUUGAUUCACCUGGAAAGGUUUACACCGGUACCUGCCUUGCUGUUUAAUGUAAGUCCUUUUUCCUCUCUGUACCACGUCACCUAUCCCUGCAAACCAAGCCUGCUGCUUCACCUGUCCUGUGUUUUCAAAUCCCAGUUAAUCUAUGCUACACCCAUUGAGAGCCACCCUGCAGCUGUAUAACACUGUCACAGUAGAGCUUGUUUCCAGCCACUCCCAAGCUCUACCUAUCUAAAUAGACAGGGUGUUUGUUUUUGCACCACGACUGAGGACGACAGAAAAAAAAAAAGCAAAUACAGCCGGCUCGUAGAUGAGUAGUAUGAUGAAAUAAGAUCCUCGUAGAACAGACGUUAAUAUAAAUUCCAUUCUUUAUUAAAAAAAAUAAAUCAAAAAGUAUUGUCUACCAAUUAAAAAAAUAAAUCAAUAAACCGCCUGCAUGACCUGAUUCAUACAAAGAACUGUGUAACAUGGAUCGCAUCCCUAUAGACCAGGAAUAUAGUAUGUUUGUUUGAAGUGUAGGCAGCCCCCUCACAUAUGUCACUCAAAUUGUGCUAGGGUUAAUGUGUGAAUGAUCUUUUCCUAAAAUGUGCAAUAAUUGGGUAUCGCUUGUGUCCUUCAUUGCAGUGUGCUGCUACCCUCGUCUACCUGUCCGUAAAGGAUGUAUUCCAGUUGAUUAAUUAUUACAGCUUCAGUUAUUGGCUGUUUGUUGGUCUGUCCAUUGCUGGACAGAUUUACUUGCGCUGGAAGGAACCAAACCGUCCACGACCGGUCAAGGUUAGUCUCUGUUUGUUCGUGAUAUGUGUUAUUGAAAUGAUGCUCGGUUUGGGAUUUAUUUCGUAAAGUUAAUCCGAGGUGAAGAUAGAACCCAAAACCAACUCAAGGAUCAUUUGGGGUCUUGUUAUGGUCAAAGCAACGUCAAACCAAUUUUGAUUAAUCCAGUUCCUGAGCUGGGUCUUUAUAGAUAUCACCAAGGGGAAGUUUAACAAUUUACAUGGUAAAUGGUGAAAUCGCAUAUCGCAGUGCCAAAAACAUGGGAUCUCAAGAUGAGUUGAGUGUUUGAAGAUCCGAGAUCUGGUCCCAAUUCUUGUUUCUAAAUUGUAGUUCCAUGUGAAAUGCCAAACUUAAAAAAGCCUUAAAUACAUGUCUAUGAGAAUCUACUAUUUUGUGUAACCAUAGACAAUGUAAGAAGGAAACCGAUGGAGUAGGUUGUAAAUAAUAAUGAACUGAUGAAGCAUGUCCAAAAAGGUUUCCGCACAUGUAACAGAGUCAAUAAUAUUCUCAAGUUCUCUGUAGCUUCUGGUCUCCACCUGUCGAUCUGCCACCUGACUAAAACUCUACCCCCCAGUACAUUUCUUCUUUUCAAUUCAUGGGUACGCCCCUUCUUUCUCUCCGCUCGGCCAGUGACUUUUUUUCCUGUGUGCUGCUCUAACUCUUACUGCUGAUUUCCGCUUGCAAGACUUAUCACUGGCUGCUCCUUUCCUCUGGAAAAGCCUCACUUCUCCUAUCAGACUCUCCUCUAGUCUUCAAUCAUUUAAGAAGGCCCUCCAAUCCCAUUCUCAGAAUAGCCUAUGGCCUCCCGUAGUAACAUGUAUUUCACAAACCGGUCUCUUGUUCUCUCUUAAAGGGCCACACUCUUCAACUCUGUCUCCCCAAAACUUCCCAUCCUGUCGUCUGGUUGCUAUCACCCACGCUGCCCUUCCUAUUGUGGUUUUUUAUACACCACCACCUCCUAGAUUGUAAGCCCUUUCGAGCAGAGCCCUCAUCAACCUUUUGUUCCUGUAACAUUUUGUGAUUGUCUCAUUUUUUUGUUAAAUAUCCCUCCCUUGUAAUAUUGUAAAGCGCUGCAGAAUAUGUUGGCCGUAUAAAUGAUAAUAUAGUGUAGGUACAACUUGUGUUGCCAAAAUCACUCUUAUGCAUCAAGGCAUGGACUCUACAAGACCUCUCAACAUGUCUUGUGGUAUCUGGCAUCUUAAAUCCUGCAAGUUGCAAGGUGGGGCCCCAAGGGAUCAGAUUUGUUGUUCCAGCACUUUCCACAGAGGCUCAAUCGGAUUAAGAUCUGGGGAAUUUCGAGGCCAAGGCAAACACCUUGAAUACUUUGUCCUGGUCAGUUUUUGCAGUGUGGCAGGGUGCAUUAUCCUGCUGAAAGAGGCCACCGCCAUCAUGGAACAUAAUUGCCAUGAAUGGGUGUACGUGGUCUGCAACAAUGUUUAGGGCAGUGGUACAUAUCAAUGUAACAUCCACAUGAAUACCAGGACCCAAGGUUUCCAAGCGGAACGUUGCCUUGAGCAUAACCCUGCCUCAGUUGGCUGGUUUGCCUUCUUCCCAUAGUGCAUCUUGCGGUCAUCUCUUCCCCAGGUAAAUGAUGCUCAUGUCCAUCCACCUGAUCUAAACGAAAAUAUGAUUCAUCAGAACAGGCAACCUUCUUCCAUGGUCCAGUUCUGACAAACCUGUUCCCAUUGAAGGUGCUUUCGGCAAUGGACAGCGGUCAUUAUGGCCACUCUAACCGGUACCACCACAUACGCAACAAACUAUAAUGUACUGUGUGUUCUAACACAUUUCUAUCAUGGCCAGCAUUCAGUUUUUCAGCUGUUUUUCAAUUUGAGCUAUAGUAGCCUUGGGUGCCUAUGACCCUGAUGCCAAAUUGCUGGUUGUUCUUCCUUGUACCACUUUGGGAGUUAAUAACCACAACCUACCAUGAACACCACAUGAGACAUGCCUUUUUGGAGAUGCCCUGAUCCAGUCAUCUAGCCAUCACCAAUUGGCCUUUGUCAAAGGCCCUUUUCGCAUUCCCAUUUUUCCUGCUUUCCACACAUGAAAGUUAUGAACUGUCUGUUCACUUACUGCCUACAAUACCCCACUCCUUUACAGGUGCCAUUGUAACGAUAUAAUCAAUGUUAUUUCCUUCACCUGUCAGGGAUUUAAUGUGGCUGAUCAGUGUAGGCUUUGUCACUGAUGCUGCUAAGAAGAUUAGGAUCCAAACACAAGCCACAAGUCCUCCAGGGAUUAACCUAAAAUAUACUGUUUAGUGGUUUGAGGCAUCAUCUGCUAAUUCCACCUGUCUGCACUGCCCGUUCUUUCUGCUCUGCUGGGUAUUCAUCUCUUAUGUUCUAUACUGCAAUGCAUAGCAUCCACUUUUAUUUUCCCCCUUCUAUGGAAAUCAUAUGAGAUACCCAUAUAUACAUGUUUCCAGUGCAUUCUUUUUUGAGUGUUUUCUUAGAACAGGAAUAAGCAAUUUUCAGCACUCCAGAUGUUGUGGACUACAAUCCCCAUGAUGCUUUGGCACCAUUAUGGGAGAAGUACUCCACAACCAGCAUCUGGAGUGUCGAACGUUGCCUACCCGUCUUAUCUACUCUAUCCUUCACAUCAUGAUUUAUAUUUAAUUUAACCACCCUGUACAUUUAUUUUAUUUUACAUAUCCUGUGUGCAUUGUAUAUUUUCUUGCCUUUAUAUCUUGUCUGUUAUGCUAAAGUGUAAUUUUGCUAGUCCUGUAUGUAAUUGUUUUAUUCACCUAUAUUCAUUCCUCUAUUUCAUCUCUGAUCUAUGACUGAGCUCUGACCCCUCCUUUCUUUUAUUGAUACGUUUGUUUUUAUUUGAAUAUCCAUCUCUUUAUCUCUGUGCCUAGAUACAAAUCCCCCUCCUUCAGCUUUAUUGCAAGCCUAUCUGACCCUCACAUAUCUUCAUUCAACAGUCUGAUUUUCAAACUUUGAAAGCCCAAUACUGCUGUAAGCUAAUACAUACAAUAUAGUUGGUUGGUCACACUUCUGAAUAUGUCUGAAAGAAAUAUAUACAAAACACAAUAUAGUGUAAUAUUGUCUGUGCUGUUGAAUAAUAAGGAAUUGGAGUCAGGUACUCACAAGCCUAGAGCCAAAUAUCUCAUGGCUCUCAUGGAUGUCGCCUUGGGACUAUUAUAAAGGAUGUCCCCUUCCUAUUUCCAGAUGGCUUGAUAGCUGUUUCAGUUGAACUUGAAUAAGCUCCAAGGAUCCAAUGGUAAUCUCAAAGAAAUACUUUUAUUGCUCCACAAAAUAUAUAUAAAAGAUAUAAUGUAUAAAAACUAUAAGACAAUAAUAAAAGAAAGUCUAUAGCUGUUAUGCUAUAGAGGUUAGUCCUGCCAAUUGGCAAAUGUAGUCCAAAUGUGUCCGAAACGUGUUUCGCCCCUCCAGGGGCUUUUUCAAUCGGCGUAUAUAUUGUGUUUUGUAUAUAUUUCUUUCAGACAUAAUCAGAAGUGUGACCAACCAACUAUAUUGUAUGUAUUUGCCUGUAUUUCUUUGAGUGGUGUAAGGUGGAUUGUGGCAUUAUUGCUACUACACUUAGUCCCACUAUCUUUCUGUAUAUAUUUGUGUUUUGCACUGCUGUAAGCUAGCCUGUUGCCCACCCUCCCCACCUCUUACCAUCCCACCCCAUGCUCUUAACUACAUUUAUAGAUUCUGUCACACCCACAUUUUAAAUGGGGGAAAAAAAAAAAGGAACAGGUGUACACACUUCCUCUUAUUAGUACACUCCUGCACUUUCUUAACCCAUGAAACUUAAUAUUUAUCCUACAUUCACCUGCUCUUGAUAUUCGAAUUAUUUCAAAUUUAUUCUUUCACAGUUUAGCAAUGAUCUGUCUUCUCCUCCUCUUUAUUUCCUCAGUAUAACAAUCUCUCCUUACACCCACUUCACUCAUCCCCCCCCAUCCACAUUUACAUAUGCUCCUCUCUGCUACACUCCCCCCUUCUCUCAUCUCAUGCCUUACACUCAUUUUUCUACUCUCACACUCCAACCCACAAUCGAUCUCAUCCUAGACCCCAUGCAUACAAAACCCAUUCACACCACCUGUCACUUUCUCUCCUCCUGCUUCUAGCAGCUGGUGAUGUCUCUCCCAAUCCAGGGCCCUUCACCUUCUCUACACACACUAAGAAAACCAGAAACCCCACAAACCUCAUCACCAUACCCUGCCCUAUACCCUCACUUACCAACAUUCAGUGUGCUCUCUGGAAUGCCCGCUCCAUCUGCAGUAAUUUUAAAAUAAACAACCAUGCACGACUUUUUCAUCUCAAACUCACUCACACUGCUUGCACUUACAGAGACCUGUCUGUCCCACUCCUUUAAGAAUUGCUAUAAUCAACCCCCCCUGGUUAUCCUAGACUAUUCAUUGAGCCCUUUUCUUUCUGGCUUCCCCACUUCCACUCAUCUAGCACUCCUUCCCUUAUACUUGGGGAUUUCAAUAUCCCAAUCAACAAUCCCAAUUGCACUGAUGCUUCUCGUCUGCUCUCUGUAACCUCCUCCUUUGGCCUUACGCAAUGGGCCAAUUUAGCAACCCAUACAGCGGGAAACACUCUCGAUCUCACCAACCUUUGUACUGCCUCUAAUCUAUCCAAUAUUCCUUUUCUUCUAUCUGACCACCAUCUGCUGACUUUUGACAUUGGCAUACAUAAGACCCAAUUGACACCACCGUCUGAACAUCAGUCUCACAGAAACCUCCAAUGUCUUGACGUAGAGCAUUUCUCCACUAAUCUCCAAACUCUUCUUUUAGUUAUCUCAAACCUCACCUGUCCUAGUUCUGCAACCUCCUUCUACAAUUCCACCCUCUCGUCUCAACUAGACAUCAUGGCACCUUCUACAUUUAAAUGCCGCAGGCACCCCCAACAACAACCUUGGCACACCAAGCUCACUCGAUACCUCCAAAAAUGCUCCAGAACUGCUGAACGCUGUUGGAGAAAGUCUCACUGUGCAUCUGACUUUCUCCGCUAUAAAUUUAUGCUGAGCUCCUACAGCUUGGCUCUUUCGUCUGCAAAAGUAAAUUACUUCAAUACCCUCAUAACCACACUCUCCCGUGAACCCAAACGACUAUUACACACAUUUAACUCUCUUCUUUGCCCUAUUGUUCCUCCUCCACCUACUAACUUGACCACCUCAGACUUUGCAACUCACUUCACUGACAAGAUCUUUAUAAUCAGGGAAGAGAACUCUUAUCUAUCUUCCUCCCCUUACAAUACUUCCCCUAACUUCACUCCCUCUGCUGUUCUAUGUUCAUUCGCACCCGCUACAUUGGAAGAGGUUUCUGCUCUGCUCCAGUCCUCCCGCCCCACCAUCUGCUCCCUAGAUCCAAUUUCCUCGCAUCUCAUCCGUUCUCUCUCUCUCUCUCUCGCUCUCUCUCCCCUCUCCCCCCCCCUCCCAUGCAGAUGACACGCAAAUCUACCAGUCCUCUCCUGAUCUCUCCCUGUCCCUCUUGACUAGUGUCUCUCUGACUGCCUCUCUGCUAUUUCUAACUGGAUGGCUGCCCACUUCCUUAAACUAAACUUGACCAAAACUGAAAUUCUGGUCUUUCCUCCCUCAAGUGUUGUUACUCCUGUGUCUGUCUCCCUCCAAGUCAACGGUGCUACCAUCAGCUCCACCACGCAGGCUGCUGCCUAGGUGUUCUCUUUGACUCCGACCUCUCCUUCAAGCCUCAUGUUCAAUCUAUCACCAAAUCCUGUCGUUUCCAUCUCAAAAACAUUGCGUGCAUCCGUCCCUACUUAACGCCAGAUGUGACUAAGGUGCUGGUCCAUUCCACUGUCUUUUCUCGCCUUGACUACUGUAAUCCGCUUCUCAGUGGUCUUACGUGCUCCCAACUUGCGCCGUUACAAUUCAUAAUGUCCGCCCGCACCUCCCACGCCUCACCCUUCUGUCAGUCCCUACAUUGGCUUACUGUAAGAUAUAUAGGGCUCAAUUUAAAAUUCUGGUUCUUGCUUUCAAAUCUCUACAUAAUGCUGCUCCCAUCUAUCUAUCCUCCCUAAUACACAAGUAUGUCCCGUCUAGGCCCUUAUGAUCUGCUGAAGACUUAAGUCUAUCUUCUGUCCGUACUCCCACCUCUGAUGCUCGUCUUCAAGACUUCUUGAGGGCUGCACCGUUCCUGUGGAACUCACUUCCCUCCUCCGUUAGAUGCUCACCCAGUCUCCACUCCUUCAAAAAAUCAUUAAAAACCCACUUCUUCACAAAAGCGUAUCAAUUAAACUGUUAAUAGCUCCUGACUGAUUCCUCUUCUGCAACUGUCAUUAGUCUAAUACUAUCCUUUCCUUUUGUGUCACUUUACCCCACUCCCUCUACCAUGUAAGCUCAUUGAGCAGGGCCCUCAACCCCUCUGUUCCUGUGUGUCCAACUUGUCUGGUUACAACUACAUGUAAUCUUUAAGUGUAAAUUACUUUCUUUAUCACUUAAAUUGUUCUAUGGUAUAUCCUUUUAUCGUAAAAAUGUUAGCUCAUUUAAAAGGUGACCAUGUCCUCUCCUAUUGCAGCUCAGCCUCUUCUACCCCAUUGUGUUCUGCCUGUGUACGGUUUUCCUAAUUAUAAUCCCACUGUACAGCGAUACUGUAAACUCCCUCAUUGGGAUUGGAAUUAUGCUGUCUGGAGUACCAGUCUUCUUCAUGGGAGUAUAUUUACCGGAAUCCAAAAGGCCGCCUUGCAUCGGAGAGCUCCUUGGUGGGUAUAGCUACAGUGAUUCUAUCUGUUAUCAGUUUUAAACCUGAACCACUUGUAGACUUCAAAUUUUGUUUAAUAGCCUUAAAGUAUUUUUUACUUAAAAUAAAACCAAUAAUUUUCAUUGUGCAGCCUUGCUAGAGCCAAUGGUACACUUUCUCCAUGUUUGAAUACUCUAAGCAAAAAAUAUACAUUUACCUUGAAUCACACCUGAGUAACCCUAGUAUAGUGUAUUAUUCUCUACUAUAUCGCAUUUAAAUGUAUGAUGUCUUUUAAUCCAGUUGUGUGAAGGUUUUAUCACCGCACUGAAAACUGUAUUGUUCAGUUUGUAUUAAUGGUUUGAUGGGUCUACUAUUUACAUUCCCACUCUAAAUAUGCCUAUUCCAGGUUUCCUUACUCGAUGGACUCAGCUGAUCUUCAACUGUGUUUUGACCGAAUUGGAUCCACUAGAGGAAGAUAAAGAAAAGAGAGUUUAAAAUUUGACUUGUACAGUGGGGCAAGUAGUUCCUUUUGAGAACGAGGCAUGUUGUCUGAAGGUACAGAAGGUAUCUGCUCUUGUGGUCUGGAGAAGGCACUGUUGUAUAAUAAAGAGCUAGUGAGUGGACAGCUGAGCAAUGUCAAGAUAGGAAUUAUCCAAAAACUGUUCUCUCCAAAGGUUAACAACCCCCAAAGGGUGUCGGAAUGACCUAAUGCCUUUUACACUCCUGUUUUGUCAUUUUAGGUUUAAAAUAUAUAUAUUUUUUUUAAUGUUUGUUGUUUGCAACAAAUCCAGUGGGUACUAUAAUAUUUUUAUUAUUUUUUUUCCAUCACUAUCAAAGAUCCAUUUUUAUGUUUGAAUUUAAGACAAAUCUGGAAAUUGGAUUACAAAAAGAAAUUCUGCUGGCAGUUUUUUUUUCCCCCUCUCAAAUAAACAGAACACAAAGAAUAUGAGUAAAUGUUGUCUACAAGAUGAGGCACGAUUCUAUGAUAAGAUGUGAAGCCAUAUUUCAGGUCAAACAAAAUUUGUAAAUCGUCUCUCGGCUGAAAUAUCUAUUCUCUGUACUGCAUAUACAGGACUGCUAAGACUUUUUGGAGACCUCCUCACUUCUUAGUCUUAUUUACCUCAGUCACAAGAACUUUUAAUCUCUUUAAUAUUUACUAAUCUGUACUCUCUCUCUCAUUUUCAGUUGCAACCUUCCUUGGCAGUGAAUUCCUUGCUUUAUACAUAGGUAAUAACGCUUUGGAAAAUGAGAGGCUCGCUGGGCUACAGAUCCUUUGCUGCUUCCCCUGAUGGUGGCAUGGUCUAUGCUGGGAGUAGGUAAUCUGCACAACUCCAGAUGUUGUGGACUACAUCUCCCAUGAUCCUCUACCAGUAUUGUGGCUGUAUGAAUAUUAUGGGAGAUGGUAGUCCACAACAUCUGGAUUGCCAAAGGUGGCCUUACCCCUUGCGAAGAUGCCUCCCAGUCAUAAGGUUCUGUCCUGGAGGCCUGGAAACUCACUACCAAAUCUGGAGUGUUUGGGACAAGUACAGCCAGUUGUCAUCUUCCUAUAACAGAACUAGAUUUAAAUAAUUCUCCCAAAUCUGGUUACUGUUACAGGAAUCAAAGUCAGCUCCAAGGAUGUUUGCUUCAUCUAGCUUGUUCAAGAAUUUGUCCCGUAGUGGCUUGUUUUCAGAACAUGUUCUAGAUAAUCCAGGGAUUGAUGAAAAUGAAGUGUGUUGAGAACACAACAAAACUGACCAGUAACCUAAAAAAAAAUACUUUUUUUUUUUUUUUUUUUACUUAUCUAUACAUUUGUUGGCUGCUCAGUUAGCACUGGAUAGUGUAUAGAUAAAAGUAUUAUAAAAUAAUUAUAUAAUGCAGGGGUAUGUUUUCAGUAUUCAUCCCAUUUUUCUGGUCAUGUCACUGUUGUAUUCAUAAACUGAAUAUAUUUUAUUAUACUGUAUGGCAAAAGCCAUAGUUUAAACCAGUCCCUGUGUAUUCAGAAGUACCUAGUGGGAUAAAUAUAGCUCUGUUUUAAUUCACAGCUGCAGUGUGAGAUUCAUAUUCUGUUCUGUCAACUGGCUCCAUGUUUAACAUACAGCAAUAAGAUUACAUUCAGAAUAUAAUAUCACACAGCCUAGCAUUUACCAGGAUCCUAAUCCAAUCUUAAAUGGGCACUCCUAGCCCCAUAACAAUGUGUGCUCUUUACAGCAGUUAUGGUGCGAUGAAUUCUACUUGUAUUAUGUAGGUUCAACUCAAUAUUAUAACCGCUCUCAAUGUAAGAACUAUAGAAUUUAUCAUAAAGAUAAAUUAUAUAUUUGAUACCUUCGGGAGGUGGUAAACAUGUACUUACCUGCUGCCCCUGCCGCCAUUCCCAGAAGGCCUUUUGUGUGUUACACUAAUGUAAUUCUCACUCGCUGGUCCUCCUUGCUUCCGACCCCUCUGCACAGAGUUUAAGCCUGCUCGGGUGCUUGAUCCUAAACAGUGCAAUCUUUGCUUCAUUGCCGACCCAUCUCUAUCAGAACGGAGUGACGCAAGUCAUUUUUCUUUUGUACCCCAGCAAGCAUGAGAAAAGCUUACUUGGGAAUAUUUGUGAUGGGAAAACGGGAUGACUUCCGGUUGGAGGGGUCUCCUGGUCUCAAUUGUCACUCAGUCUUCUGCUUAGACUUGUAUGCCACUGGCAUCUAUACAGAGAAUUGAUUGACAGGUGGGGGAGCGACCAAAUGGUAAAGUGCUUCAAAUUAAAAUCUGUAAUUUUUUUUUUUUUUUUUUAACUGUAAAUUUAAUGACUUGUGCCCUGACAAGCACAUAUUAAGCUGGCCCUGUCCAAAUACUUUUAUGGUGUGUGCCUUCGGAGGCGUGCAAAAUCUACAAGACUCCUUCAUAGUGUUCUGUAACGGAGCGAUCAAGUAAUAAGCUAAUAUCUUUCUUGCCCCCGAGUGCUGCAUUGUACAGCAUGUCGGCAGAUACUGACAUUAGGAUUGGCUGACAGGUGUGUGAGUAUAAUAAAUGGAAUGCUGGGGGCAUGGCAAAAAAAUUCAUGUGAAACGGAUGGUGCCGCUUUAACUACUGGCUUCUUUGCAGAUAUUGGUGUUUUUGUUUUCUCCCUCCUCUCGUUCAUUAUCAAUAGACCUUUUAAAGAGAACAAAAUUCAGUUUUACAAAAAGGAUCAACAAUUUAAAUUCAUACAGAACCUUUUUUUUAUCUUGUCAGUCAGUGCAAAAAUAAUUACUAAGUUCUUGGAGAAAGUGGUUUGUUUUUAAUACCUCUUCUAGCACUAAGCAGCCCUUUUUACAGACCCCACAAAAGUGUUCCAGUGGGGACUUAUUUGCGUUGCUGCUGAUUUAAUUUAAAAAAAAUAAUAAUCAAUAAUAAAACCAUUACUAAAAAAUUUUUUAUAUAUAUUUUUUGUAAUUUCCAUGCAUGAGUUUGUAGUUGACUUAAAGCAGUGGUUACAGGGACACACUAGGCUGUUGUGGUUAAGGUGCCAGCCUCCUGUCUGGUUCUGCUGAAUAGUCUGAUGAAAAUAUAGGGGCCCCCUCACUCGUCUUGUAUCAAUUUCUUCCAUAUUUGGAAGGCUCUGAUUGGCUGAUAGUGUCAGUUGGCUCUUUCAGCCAAUCAAUGCUGUCAAAAAUUGAAAUUCCCACGUUCACAAUUGGCAGUGAGGGCAUGUCUACACGUGCCUGAGGACUCCAAUUCUGAGUCAAACUGCUCAAAAUUGAUUUGCACAAACCAAAUAGUUGGCUCCAGUCAGUUGCUUGGAAGCAAUGUAGCCACUACAAUGGACUCUGCUAAUUGUGGUGCUUAACUUUUUUUUUUGGGUGGCAGGGAACCUAAAUUAUGUAGAUGCCGUUAGCUUGAUGACACAUUGUUAUGUAGAAAAUGCAUGGAUUAGCAUUGUGCCACUGCUAGAGGUCUCCAUUGCAUUUAGGGAAGACAUUGCUGCUAUAGUAACGAACAGACUGUGGGGAGUUGUCUGUGUGAAUGAAUAUGAUCUGUCUGUUUCAAAAAUUGGGAACCCUACAGAUCAUACAGAGGCUAAAGUUGUGCCUCAUCCCUCCAGUGGUUAAGAAUAGCUGUUUAAAGAAUGGGUCUUAAACUCAACUGCCAUGGGUAUACUGCUUUGUAUUAACCUGUUUUGUCAGACGCAGAUCCUUACUCCGAGACGUGCACACUCUCGUCCAAUAAACCUGCACCCACAGCACUUUACUAAUCACAAACUGCACUGAUUCUACACACUCUUCCGUCCCAGCAUGGGUAGUAGCAUGACUGGUGGCUACUUUCCUAUAUUGUGUGCACCAACCAGCUUCAUCACUGUAAGAGCUACUUUAAGCACCACCUUAAGUAUUUUAAGUAGUUUUGGUGCUUUUUAUAUUUUUCCUCCGUGCUGCUCAUAGUUAUAUAUUUUAUGUUGCUGCUGUAAGUGUAAAACCACCUCUAGCAGCAUCAUCAGCCAUCAUGCAAUGAGACUUCCAGGCCGGCUAAUGUCAAUUUUGUGCAUAUUCCAUCCACAGAGGGUUAGUCCGCAGCCGCCCUCAGUCAGUGAAUGACUGGUGGGAUAGCAUCUAGUUUCUGCAGCAGGCAGAUGCACAUUACUGGCAUUAAGAGGUUUGACGCCCGGUGGGACCCAAACCAGAGUAAAAACCAUUGAGAACUAGUUUGUCCCAUUACCAGUGGGCUGUAGUGGUUAUGAUUCUUGGAGAAACCCUUCAAGUCCUGGCUUAUGACUGCAAAAUUAGGCAAAAAUUACUCCUGACUCAGCCAGCCUCUUGAAAGACUGUAAAUAAUGGCGUGAUGUGGCCUAGGCUACCUGGAAUAGAAGUUUUAGGAAGGUAUGUCUUGGACUCGAGACAUAACUCUCUCUUUCAGGAUUGUUCUUGGGCAAACUGGGAUUAGUAGAUGCAGGCCACUAGCUGGGAGCCAGAAAAAGCACGCAAUAGAUUAAUUCCAGAUUUAAAGCAUUGAAUUUCUUAGCCUAUAGAACCCUGAUUAUGUAAACCAUAGCUAUCACUUUACUAGUGGCAUUUAACGAUAAUGUGCAUCACAUGGCUAUAUCAAGAUUACGAUUACGCUAGAUGCGUGUUUAGAAGGCUCAGUAAAGGGGCUGUAUGCUUGUAUUUAUUUUGAUUUGUGAUCAUCUUAAAAGUAGUCAAUUAAAGGACCACUAUAGUGCCAGGAAAACACUGGUUUUCCUGGCACUAUAGUGCCCUGAGGGUGCCCCCACUCCUGUGGUGCUGAAGGGGGAGGAAGGGGUUAAUACCUUACCUUUUUUCCAGUGUUGGGGACUCUCCUCUCUUCUUCAGUCAUCGGCUUAAUGCGCAUACGCGGCAAGAGGCGCGCGUAUUAAGCCAGUCCGUAGGAAAGCAUUCUCAAUGCUUUCCUAUGGACGCUGGCAUCUUCUCACUGAGAAAAUCACAGUGAGAAGCGCGGAAGCGUCUCUAGCGGCUGUCAAUGAGACAGCCACUAGAGGCUGGAUUAACCAAUAGGUAAACACAGUAGUUUCUCUGAAACUGCUACGUUUACUGCAAAAAGGGUUAAACCUAGCUGGAACUGGCACCCAGACCACUUCAUUAAGCUGACGUGGUCCUUUAACAGAAUUUCAACUUUUCUGUUAAAGGGGAGGAGAGGAGAUUGAAUUGUAUCCAAUUUUCUGUAUUCUGUUUGGAUUGGGGGUAGUGGUGGAAACUAUUGAGUUCCGUCCUAUUAUCUUGUAUAACUUGUACUGAUAAUGGUUUUUCUUAUGUUUAACAAAGGAGGAUAGGUCUCUCACUUUCACAUCUAUGGCUUUUUGACUGUGGCCAUCGUGAAAUGGUUAAUGCACCCAGGUUUAAAACAAUACAUGUGCUUUUACACUCCACUAUUACAAUGAGUAUUGUACAUGGUAAUUAACAAUAGUGUCUCAACCUAUAUACUGUUCAAAUUGCCAAACUAAACAGCAUUGUUAGAAUUCACUCCACAACCAACUAUGUAUAGGUAGGUAUAUCCAGCAGUACUCCAUACAAACCCCCAUAACUGUUUACUGGCAGCAACUGGCUUUAGCACCACUCUACAGCAGCUGGCUAGGCAUGUCUAUAUUUAUUAAAAUUUAUUUUAUAGGGGAACACUAUCAUUCACAACACUAGGUCUGAUGGAGCAACACUGAGCUCACCCACAUCAGGGCACAAAAAGAUUAAAACUUGUCUGCCUGGCACCCAGAACUACAAGGGGCGGACUUUAGGAAUUUCACCAACCUGAAGGAGUAGACUGCUAAAAGCAUGUUGGGUUUUAAAAUGCUGGGUGUUACGCUGGAGGCACUUGUGACAGUAUCAGAUGAAAUGUAUGACUUACCAUUAACCCUCUGCUACCUCACACUCUGUGCAAGGUGCACAUGGACUAUUUCAUGUCAGUGGAUGGGACACCAGUAUCAAUGAUUCUCUUUGAGUUCCUGAUAAUCCACACUUAAUUUAAAACCUUGCUGAAGGGACACUCCAAGCACCAUACCUCCAUAUGCUUCUUGCACAGAUUACGGUGAAUGAAGGUCCUCUGCUCCUGUCUUCCAGCACACAAUGCAUUUUAACUGCAGACUACUGCAAUCUUGCGCCUUUACAGGCAGACAGUAAUAACCGAGGCAUCACCUGCUGUAAUGCGAACCUCUGUAGUUUGCCAUAUGUUUUAUUAUAAUAGAAUGAAUACCUUUUUAAACAUCGGCAAAUUAUAGAAAGACAGUUCUAUAAAGUAUUACUAACUUAACGAAAGAACCAUGUAAUGUACAAGUAGAUAGUAUUUUAAUUUUUAGCAAAGCACUACAGAGUUUAAAUAGGACUCAUCCAAGCCAGAAAUCAUUUUAUAGGCGAUUAAUAAGAAAAGUCAGUCUUUACCUAUACAGUACCUACAAUCUAUAAUUAUUUUUAUAGUAACUGGUCUUUUAAAAACUGAAUUAUUGUCCAGUGGAACGGAUCUAAUUUAUACAUUGCGAUUGAUUUUUUUUUUUAUUGAAUUUUUUUUUUUUUAGUUGAUUAACAAGAACACUACAUAAACCAGUAGUUGUAUAGUACAAAACUAAAGAGUGUGGGUGAAACGAACAAUACAGUAUCAGAACAUACAGUGUGCUGUGUAGCCAUAUAGAGUGAAUCAGUAUUAAGGUGCUUAUGAAGGUCGGACGAUUAAAUCUGAUUGAGUAAUUAGUCCGAGACAGCCACCAGUUUGCGUGCAAGCAUUGGAGACUGUUGGGGUACAAGGCCACAUACUUCAAUGAAUGAUCCCGGACGGAUCUAUUCAGUCGGCCAUAGAUUUAAAAGAAACUGCUUCAUUAUGGAUUACAAAAACAGCAUACCAAUAAGAUUGGUAAAACUCUAUAGGGCUUUAAGUAACAUCCAAUUAGUUUGGACUUUUCCAAUAUUACAUAUUAGUGUAAUUUAACUUUGGAAAUUAGCGCAUGAGCCAGAAACGAUUCUCAGGGGCCCCUUAAGAUUUUUAAGUCCUUCAUGCGGUUUUCAUUCCUCUAAACUGAAGAUGACCAUGAUACACACAUGGCAGCUCUCAAUGCACAGCUUCGAGUAUGGAGUUAUUUCAAUACUGUAGCAAAUCUCACAGGGAAAAUGUCAUUUUGGUGCUUUUGUGUGCUAUAUUUUAUAUAUACAAUAAAGGAGUUAAAAGCCUGUCUGCCUCUUUGACUUUAUUAUGCUUGUUUUAGGAUGGAUACAUAGCAAAGGUAAAUUUAUUAUGAUGUAAACUUGUAGAGACUGACCGGUUCAGCCAGUGUGAAAUGUGAUCUACCCUACUGACACUAAUACUACAUCUCAUGUUCCGUGUAUAGAGAGGAGUACAGUUAAAACAGACGUAAUACAGAC